CAAGAAAGAAAUGUUGAAAUUGCUUCAGCAGCCUCAUAGCUACGCGCCGGAAGUAUUACCACAUGGGUGCACACAGUGACCUUUCUUUGCAUGGGUUGGAUUAAGUGAUAACUGAGUUUACAAUGAUGAUUAGGGGUCUGGUAUUAAGCUACUGGAGGAUCCCCGGUAGGAGGCUCCUCUCUUCCCUUUCUUCUGAGUCAAGCCUGCCUCCAAACCUCAUUCUUCCACAUGAUCUAAAAGGAGGAUCUUCUAAAUACCAGCCACCUCCUUUGGAUCUAUCUCAACCUGUUAUUCGGACAUGCAAGCUUCCUGUUGCCUCUCAUUUGUCACCAAAACUUGUCUGGUUGGAGUCUCUCAAACAUCCUGAUGAUCAGCAGCUGGGUCUGGUCCAUCUUCAUCCGGAUGUGUUUAACAUCCCUCCCAGAAUUGAUAUUCUGCAUCAAGUUAUCACAUGGCAGAGAAACUUUAAAAGGAUUAGCUAUGCCAAAACUAAAACGAGGGCUGAAGUGAGAGGAGGCGGCAGGAAACCUUGGCAGCAGAAGGGGAGUGGACGAUCUCGACAAGGGAGCAUUCGGUCUCCUUUAUGGAAAGGAGGUGGUAUUUGUCAUGGUCCUCGAGGUCCUACAAGUUAUUACUACAUGCUGCCCAUGAAAGUGCGUGCGCUAGGCCUGAAAAUGGCUCUAACCACCAAAUUAGCACAGGAUGAUUUUCACAUAAUUGAUUCGUUGGAGAUUCCCACAUCUGAUCCUCAGUACCUCACUGACCUUGUAAAACAUCGGAAGUGGGGAGAGUCUGUGCUAAUUGUUGAUGUAAAUGAAAACUUACCAGAAAAUAUCCAUCAAGCUACAGUUGACUUAAAGAAUAAUGUAAUUCCUGCCAUAGGUAUGAAUGUAUAUAGCAUGCUGAAACACGAAACAGUGGUGUUAACCCUUGAAGCCGUGGAUUUCCUGGAAGAAAAGUUAUUGUGGCAUGAUACUCGCUAUACACCCCUUUAUCCCUACCGGCUACCAUACAACGACUUCCCAUAAAGACAGGGUUUUUGUUUCCUUUUACCUUCCUAAGCUAUUUUUUCUUUUGUACAUAAAAAUAAAUAACUGAAAUUAAA